GGUACAUUAUUUUGUUUUGAUACAACGAUUUUCAUUGGACAGUAUUUUUGCAGUGAAACACACCUUUUACACCAUUAUUAUUCAGUGGGAACGCAGAUAAAAGUGCAGACAAAUUAUUCAGUGUAUUCCGUUUUAUUCAGUGAGGUUGAUCAAAUUUGAGAAUGUCUGUGGACCACAAAACCAACCCCGCCCUUCUGAAGGACAUUGAGAGUGGAACAAACCUCAAACAUGCUGCCACACAGGAGAAGAACCCACUUCCAAGUGUGGAAGACAUCUCCCAAGAGAAGACUGUCCAGGCUAUCCCCAACUUUGACUCGAGCCAGCUGAAACAUGUGGAACCACAGGAGAAAACCGGCUGGAAGGAAUCAAUAAGCCAUGACAAGGCAACGGAGGAGUUGGGGAAGUUUGACAAAAGCCAGCUGAAACACACAGAGACCUCUGAGAAAAACCCACUGCCAGACCAGGAUGUGAUAGAAGAGGAAAAGAAGGAAGUUGAACAUAGACGGUCCAUAGGCGAUUUUGACCGUUCACUGUUAAAGCAACAACGUACCGAGGAAAAAAUAGUCCUUCCAAGUAAAGAAGCGAUCGUCCAGGAGAAAAAGGAAGUGCAGCUGCGAGAUUCGAUCGGAAAGCACGACCGCAGCAGCCUCAGGAAGGUGGAGACAAAUGAGAGAGACGCUCUCAAGGAAAUUGUAGCACAGGAAGCAACCCACAAGGGCAUUGAGAGCUUCAGCAAAGACAACCUUAAACAUGCUGAAACUGUUGAGAAAAACCCACUCCCCACUGCUGAUGAGCUUCAUGGGAAGGAGUAAGGAGGCUGCCAGAUAUCAAGAAAGAAAAGACGACCUCAUAGAAGAGUCUCCCAGUUUAGGCAGCUAGUCUAAGGGAGAUCACUGCUUUGUUCAGACAUUGACCAAUUUGUUAUUUCUUCCCUUUUGUUAUGAAAAAUUGCACUGAUUAACUUGACUCACUGGGAAACCAAACAUAUCAUAAGUUAGUUAAACAAGAUUCAGGUUCAAUGAAAUGAUUGUUAUUGUUGAAAUUAUUUGAUUUUUCGGUUUCUUAUUGACUUGGCAUUAUUUUGGCAUUAACAAUUAAGCUUAAACCGAUUUGCUUGGAUGUUGGUACCGGGGCAUAGCACAUUGAUCAAACUGGCCUGGACUUAUUCUCUGGUAGAUUCCGCUUCGCUGACGCACAUUUCACCAAGACCUCUGAGACUGCUGCUCUCACUGUAAAUUGUCAUCUCUCCCAUUUAUUACUUAUACAUGUUUUGUAUUGGUUUGUCUUGGGUACCAAUGUAUUAAGCAUUACAACAUUAUAUUUAGCAUGACUUGUUAGAUGUUUUCCUUAGAUAUCUUGACUCUGUAUCAUAUCUUGCCUAAUUAAUUUGCUAUAUCAAUUAUAAAUUGUAUAAACUUGUGUAUCUCGUUGUAGUGAAUAACAAUGUUUCAAUAUACUUAUGUAGAUUGCAUACUGACUUGACAGCUCACGGAUGACUAGUAUUAAAAAAGGAAUAUCGCUAAUACUUCGUCCACUUUUGAUAUCGUAUGUUAAAUUAUUAACAGAUAUUUAAAAAAACAAAAACACCUCAUUUUAUCUUGCUUGUAUGGGAUUGUCUAAAAAGUAGUAGCAUAUUUUUAAGGCAAACUUCGUGGUUUUGAGAUUCUACGAAAACAUUAUUUCAAUCUAACAAACUUUCUAAUAAAUCUGCAUUCUCAGUUUUUUGUUUCCUAUGCCUGUAUUGUUAUAACUUACUGUUGUCAACUGAUUUUGUGUUGUAAACUUAUUGUGUUUUUUCUUGUCUGUCCACAUAGAGUUAAACUCAAAAGUUUUGUCCUUAGCCCAAUGAUGUUGGCAUUUUUUCACACUAAAGUGCAAUUAAUUAUUAAUUAAUGGUUUAGAUUUGGAUCAGUUUACAAGUUUUUUUACUUCUGUAGAUGUUCACUGAAUAUUCUGUUGUUGAAUAUCUGAUAUUAUUAAGAUAAAGCAUACUUUUUAUAACUGCCUGCAACAUUUUUUCCUGCCAUAUUGGUUAUUGGUGCACUGUACAAAUUCGCAAUAUUGUGUUGUAGUUUAGGUGAUUGUUAGGACAAAGAAAUGAAAAUCUCAUAUUAAUUUUGUGUUUAUUUUUCUUACAAAAUGCUUUUGUAGCUGCAAUAGUUUUUUCCUUGGGCCACACCAAAUUGAUGUUUCAUUAAUCUGAUUUACCACAACUAUUUUUCAGAAAAUGAAAAAAAUAUUUUUUCUUUUAAUUUUCACCAAAUAUAUUUUUUACUAAAUAAUAAUAGUUCAGCCAUGUCACAUUGUGCAAUGCAAAAACAUGUUAUUAUUUAUCACUGACUACCCACGGAAAACAGAAUCAGGUGUGAAUUAAGUUAUAUUUACUCAGGAUUAUCAUUCUUUGAGAUAAAUUAUGUAGAAAAAAUGUUUCUUUUUCACUGUUUUUUAAACCCCCCAAAAAUAAUCUGGCUUGCUCCAAUUUUAUUUUCAGUCAAAAUCUGUGGAGGUAAAAAUCACAUUGGUGUGGCUUGAUAGUUAUACUGUAGAGCUUUUUGUAGUUUAUGUUUCAGUAUUUUAUCAUUUGACUUUUUCUAGUCUGCUUUCAUAAUUUGUAGCUUUUAUAAGAAGUAUGAAGUUAAUUUUAGAAUCUCUGAUAAGCAGUCUUCGUAAGCAAAAGUGGGUGGCUUGUUAAAUUUGUUUCAACCCAUGUUGAUCAAAACUUUUUCUUUCUGUUGUAUUCAUGUUUUGGGACCAAACUUUGUGAAUAUGAAGACGUUUAAUAGUAUUCUUUUCAUAAUUAAUAUAUGUUUGUUACAUGGUUAACUCAAAAUGUUCAAGAUUUCUUCGUGUUCUCACAACAUAUUUUAGUGUACAUCAUACGUAUUAACAUUUAUAUUCUGCUACAAUAAAAAAAAUAAUAAAUU